GUUGGCCUUGAACUUGUGAGGAUCCUUCUGCCUCAGGAACUGUUGGUACUCGGGCAGUAUUGGCAUACAGCUCCCACCUCUUGAACUUGUGAGGAUCCUUCUGCCUCAGGAACCUUUCCAACAGUUCCUUCCAAGUACUGAGAUUACAGGAGGCAGAUGAGGCAGCAAGACACUGUGGACAGAUCACCUGCUCUGAGGGACUACCCAGAGGCCCCACAGUCGGGCAGAUGUGGACUCUGAGCAGGCUCUCCCUUGCUGGCAGUAUAACUUUAGAUGCAGUCCUGUGACCUAGAACCUCCACUCCUGCCUGUGCCUGGCUACCUAAAAGGAAGUAGGCCUUUUUGAAUUUGUGCUCCUUGGCAUAGGUGAUGACAACCCCAUCUGUUUUUCCAGAGGCAAAGUGACGGAGAUUCCAGUUGCAGCAUUUAAUUCCUGGUCUCAAUGUGUUAUAGUUUUGCUGCUGGACUCUUCCCUCCCUUCCCCCACCCCAUCAGGAUGAUAUGAGACUUGAAAGAAGACGAUGCAUACAGGAGGAGAGACUUCAGCAUGCAAACCUUCAUCUGUUCGGCUCGCACCGUCGUUUUCAUUCCAUGCUGCUGGCCUUCAGAUGGCUGGACAGAUGCCCCAUUCACACCAGUACAGUGACCGUCGCCAGCCAAACAUAAGUGACCAACAGGUUUCUGCCUUAUCGUAUUCUGACCAGAUUCAGCAACCUCUAACUAACCAGGUGAUGCCUGAUAUUGUCAUGUUACAGAGGCGGAUGCCCCAAACCUUCCGUGAUCCAGCAACUGCUCCCCUGAGAAAACUUUCUGUUGAUUUGAUCAAAACAUAUAAACAUAUUAAUGAGGUUUACUAUGCAAAAAAGAAGCGAAGACACCAGCAGGGCCAGGGAGACGAUUCUAGUCAUAAGAAGGAGAGGAAGGUUUACAAUGACGGUUAUGACGACGACAACUAUGAUUAUAUUGUAAAGAACGGGGAAAAGUGGAUGGAUCGUUAUGAAAUUGACUCCUUGAUAGGCAAAGGUUCCUUUGGACAGGUUGUAAAAGCAUAUGAUCGGGUGGAACAAGAAUGGGUUGCCAUUAAAAUAAUAAAGAACAAGAAAGCGUUUUUGAAUCAAGCCCAGAUAGAAGUGCGACUUCUUGAGCUCAUGAACAAACAUGACACUGAAAUGAAAUAUUACAUAGUGCAUUUGAAGCGCCACUUUAUGUUUCGAAACCAUCUCUGUUUAGUUUUUGAAAUGCUGUCCUACAACCUCUAUGACUUGUUGAGGAACACCAAUUUCCGAGGGGUUUCUUUGAACCUGACACGGAAGUUUGCACAGCAGAUGUGCACUGCACUGCUUUUCCUUGCAACUCCAGAACUUAGUAUCAUUCACUGUGACCUAAAACCUGAGAAUAUCCUUCUUUGCAACCCCAAACGCAGUGCAAUCAAGAUCGUUGACUUCGGCAGUUCUUGUCAGUUAGGGCAGCGGAUAUACCAGUAUAUUCAGAGUCGCUUUUACCGGUCUCCAGAGGUGCUAUUGGGAAUGCCUUAUGAUCUUGCUAUCGACAUGUGGUCCCUUGGGUGUAUUUUGGUUGAAAUGCACACUGGAGAACCUCUGUUUAGUGGUGCCAAUGAGGUAGAUCAGAUGAAUAAAAUAGUGGAAGUUCUGAGUAUUCCACCUGCUCAUAUUCUUGACCAAGCACCAAAAGCAAGAAAGUUCUUUGAGAAGUUGCCAGAUGGCACUUGGAACUUAAAGAAGACCAAAGAUGGAAAACGGGAGUACAAACCACCAGGAACCCGUAAACUUCAUAAUAUUCUUGGAGUGGAAACAGGAGGACCUGGUGGCCGGCGUGCUGGGGAGUCGGGUCAUACAGUAGCUGACUACUUGAAGUUCAAAGACCUCAUUUUAAGGAUGCUUGAUUAUGACCCCAAAUCUCGGAUUCAACCUUAUUAUGCCCUGCAGCACAGUUUUUUCAAGAAAACAGCCGAUGAAGGUACAAAUACGAGUAACAGUGUCUCCACGAGCCCUGCGAUGGAGCAGUCCCAGUCUUCGGGCACCACCUCCAGUACAUCGUCCAGCUCAGGUGGAUCAUCUGGGACGAGCAACAGUGGGAGGGCCAGGUCGGACCCGACACACCAGCAUCGGCACAGCGGCGGGCACUUCACGGCCGCUGUCCAGGCCAUGGACUGCGAGACACACAGUCCCCAGGUGCGUCAGCAGUUUCCAGCGCCUCUUGGCUGGUCAGGCACUGAAGCUCCUACACAAGUCACUGUUGAAAAUCAUCCCGUUCAAGAAACAACCUUCCAUGUAGCCCCUCAGCAGAACGCGUUGCAUCAUCACCAUGGAAACAGUUCCCAUCACCACCACCACCAUCACCACCACCACCA